AUGGUCCCCAGCCGCCUCCAGAUCCGGACGCCCACCCUGGACAGGCUCGCCGCCGAGGGCGUGAAGCUGGAGAACUACUACGUCCAGCCCAUCUGCACGCCGUCCAGGAGCCAGUUCAUCACCGGAAAGUACCAGAUACACACGGGCCUCCAGCACUCGAUCAUAAGGCCCACCCAGCCCAACUGCCUGCCGCUGGACAAUGCCACCCUGCCUCAGAAGCUGAAGGAGGCAGGCUACGCCACGCACAUGGUGGGGAAGUGGCACCUGGGCUUCUACAGGAGAGACUGCAUGCCCACCAGGAGGGGGUUUGAUUCCUUUUUUGGCUCCCUCUUGGGGAGCGGGGACUACUACACGCACUACAAGUGCGACGGCCCCGGGAUGUGCGGCUACGACCUGUACGAGGACGACCGUGCCGCCUGGGACCGGGACGGCGGCACCUACUCCACCCACAUGUACACGCAGAGGGUGCAGCAGAUCCUGGCCGCGCACGACCCCCGGAAGCCCCUGUUUCUGUACGUGGCCUACCAGGCGGUGCACUCCCCGCUGCAGGCCCCGGGCAGGUACUUCCAGCCCUACCGGUCCAUCGCCAACACCCACAGGCGCAGGUACGCGGCCAUGCUCUCCUGCCUGGACGAGGCGGUGGGCAACGUGACCCUGGCCCUGAAGGCGCACGGCCUCUACAACAACAGCGUCCUCAUCUACUCCUCGGACAACGGCGGCCAGCCCAGCGCCGGGGGCAGCAACUGGCCCCUCCGGGGCAGCAAAGGGACCUACUGGGAGGGGGGCAUCCGGGCCGUGGGCUUCGUGCACAGCCCGCUCCUGAAGCGCCCCGGCACCGUGUGCAGGGAGCUGGUGCACAUCACCGACUGGUACCCCACACUGGUGGCGCUGGCCGAAGGGCGCAUCGAGGAGGACGCCCGCCUGGACGGCUACGACAUCUGGGAGACGCUGAGCGAAGGCCUGCGCUCCCCCCGCGUGGACAUCCUGCACAACAUCGACCCCAUGUACACCAAGGCCAGGAGCGGCUCCUGGGCAGCGGGCUACGGGAUCUGGAACACGGCCAUCCAGUCGGCCAUCAGGGUGCGGCACUGGAAGCUGCUCACCGGGAACCCCGGCUACAGCGACUGGGUCCCCCCUCAGGCCUUCAGCAACCUGGGCCCCAGCCGCUGGCACAACGAGAGGGUCACCUUGUCCACAGGCAAGAGCGUGUGGCUCUUCAACAUCACGGCCGACCCCUACGAGAGAGUGGACCUCUCCGGCAGGUACCCCGGCGUCGUGAGGCAGCUGCUGCGCCGGCUGUCACGGUUCAACAAGACCGCAGUGCCCGUCAGGUACCCCCCCGGGGACCCCAGAAGCAACCCCCAGCUCAACGGGGGCGUGUGGGGGCCCUGGUACAAAGAGGAAAGCAAGAGGAAGAAGCCACGCAAACAGCAGGCUGAGGGGAGGCCCAAGAAGAGGAAGAUGAAGGGCAGGCCGCGGGAGGCCGGCGCAGGCCCCGGGGGCGACCGCGGCACCCCCCCGCCGCUCCAUUAG